AAAACCACAAAGGCUGCAUGCUCGGCAUGUCGGAAACGAAAGUCAAAGUGUGACGGCAAGCGUCCGACAUGUUCAAGCUGCAUCACCAAAAACAAACCCUGCGAAUACUUGGCCGAGGAAGGUGUGUCCAGCCAAGCAGCAUCCAGAAAACGCCUCGAGGGCUACGCUACCGUUUUGCGGUUGCUCCAAGACGCUCAUCCCGAGGACUGCGAUCGUAUCAUCCGUGAUCUCAGGAGAUCCAAAAGUCUAGCUGGCGGUGUCAAGACUGUAUUGGAG